AUGGACCGUUCGGACAAUGCCCUCUUGCUGACCUACCACAGCAUCGACAAACCCCUCACUAAUCUCGACGGUCAGCUAUACCAAUCUCUAGCUGCCAGUGUUGUAUGGCUCAUCUCUCACCAGACACAAGUCGAUCUCAGACCGAGAGAGAAAUGGCGAACGACUCCUUGGGCCACGAGAGCGGCUGUACGUGUGAAAGUCAGUCCCAUCGUCAACGUAGUUGUUGGCCAGCAGAAAAAGCUCUACAAGCUGCAUCGAAGUCUUCUCGUGAAGAAGAGUCCCUUCUUUGCAAAAUGCCUAAGUUCUGGGAUGCUCGAGCAGGAGACAAGCGAGAUAGUAUUGCCUGAAGAUUUAUGUGGCGCCUUUGACAUCCUGGCCGACUGGUUUUACUACGGAAAAGUCCAAGAAAUCACGCCAAACGAAGACAUUGGGCUGAGUAUUUGCGCUUAUGUGAUGGCCGACAAGUAUGGCAUGCCAGAGUUACAAAAUGCAUUGGUAGACAAGCUUGCUGCACAUUGGGAAGUAUGGUUCCUCCACCCUACCUAUAUGGUAGUAGUGGCAGAGCUCACUAAUGAGAGUUGCCCUCUUUACAAGCUUAUGCUUGAUCAAUUGGUCUACAACCUUAUCAAGGUCCCUGAUGCCUACGCACGGUCUUCCGAUAACUGCAGUGAAGAUGAAGAUGGAGACUCUACUUGGGUUUACGAAAAAGGCUCUACUAGUGGUGAUGCUCAGUGCUCUGUCCAUGGUGGAGGUGAGUACCCGGACAGUACUGGCGAUUGGGCAGAGGCACUUGACCAAGUCCUUGCACGUCCCGGACUAGCAUAUGACCUACUAAGAAAAGUAGCAAUGAUUGAGAAGGGAGGACCGAAACCAGCAAAAUCCCCCCACAAGUAUCACGUCGCUGUCGAAAAUGAGAACACCCAGAAUCACAAGAGGAAGGCGGAUGAGCUGGAACAUGGCGCGAAAGACAAGAAGAAACCACGGAAAUGA